AUGUCGCUGAUCCAAGACGCAGCGCAAGACAAAGACCCAAACCUCAUCCCCAAUCCCCCAGACGGGAGCCCAGCCAUGGAGCGUCAUAGACAAGCCGUCACCUCCAUCGCCUCGGCCGUCCGCGGCUUCUUCGAGCGCCGCGAGCCCUACCGCAUCUUCCACGGCAGCACGAACAGCACCCGGCCCCAGACCAGCAAGCCCGUCGUCGACAUCAGCGCCCUCCGCAAUGUCCUGCAGGUCGACCGCACCAGCCGCACUGCUCUCGUCGAGCCCAAUGUCCCCAUGGACAAGCUCGUUGAGUCCACGCUGAAGCACGGCCUUGUCCCGCCUGUCGUCAUGGAGUUUCCGGGCAUUACUGCCGGAGGAGGCUUUGCGGGCACGGCGGGCGAGAGCUCCUCGUUCAAGCACGGCUUCUUCAACGAUACUGUCAAUUGGGCCGAGAUGGUCCUAGGUAACGGCGAGGUUGUGCGUGCUUCAAGGGAAGAGAAUUCCGAUCUGUUCCGCGGCGCCGCUGGAGCUGUGGGCUCUUUGGGCAUGACGACGCUUCUCGAGCUUCAACUUCAGGAAGCCAAGAAGUUCGUCAAGACUACCUAUCACCGUACCAGCAGCGUCGCCGAGGCUGUUGCUCGUAUCCGCGCCGAGACCGAGAACCCUUCAAAUGACUACGUCGACGGCAUUCUCUUCUCCAAGGACCAUGGUGUCGUUGUUACUGGUACCCUGACCGACGACAAGCCCGCCGACAUCAAGCCCCAGACCUUUAGUGGUGCUUGGGAUCCGUGGUAUUAUCUCCAUGUCCAAGAUCGCACUCGCAACGUUCCAUCCGCUGGUCCUACUGUCUCUGCUGAAUCCGCCUCGUCCUCUCCUGUUGACUACAUCCCCCUCGCCGAGUACUUCUUCCGCUAUGACCGUGGAGGUUUCUGGGUUGGCGCUGCUGCUUUCACUUACUUCAAGGGUGUCCCAUUCACACGUUUCUUCCGCUGGUUCCUUGACGAUUUUCUACAUACUCGCAUGCUCUACCGCGCUCUCCAUGGCAGCGGCGAGUCUGCUCGUUUCAUCGUCCAGGAUCUAGGUCUGCCCUACAAGACUGCUGAGUCUUUUGUUGACUAUACUGCUGAGCACUUCAACAUCUGGCCUCUCUGGCUCUGCCCUUUGAAACAGACACCCCCUCCGACUUUCCAUCCUCACACCGGUGAGACGACAACUGCAGCCGACAGCACUGUGACCACCCCACCAUCCCUCAACAUUGGUCUGUGGGGCUGGGGUCCCUCUGAUCCUGACGAAUUCGUUGCCAAGAACCGCGCCCUCGAGGAUAAGCUUGUGGAGCUUGGUGGUCUGAAGUGGCUCUAUGCGCACACCUACUAUAACAAAGAAGAGUUCUGGAAGCUCUACGACCAACCGUGGUAUGAGGCGCUACGCAAGAAGUACCACGCUGAGACACUGCCCACUGUCCACGACAAGGUCAAAGUCGAUGUCGAAGCGCGAAAGGAAGAACGUCAGAAGUGGAAGCGUUCCCUUAAGAGCAAGCCCCCGCUGGGUGGUCUCUAUGGUAUCUGGAAGGGCAUUAAGAGCAAGGACUACAUGCUCCACCGACAUGCAGAGUGGAAGUUCAAGGAGGAGAAAUAG